AUGGCGCGCUUCGCCGCACUCUGCCUCGGCGUCGCGGCGGCCCAGCGCUGCGCGCCGCGGGCCGUGCUGCGGCUCGACGUCGGCGGCGAGCUCGCGCUCCCGCUGGGCCCGGACGCCGCCGGCGACGGCGCCCUCGUCGUCGACGUCGUCGAGGCGCACGGCCUCGCGGCCGGCGGCGGCUGCGGCGACGCGGCCUGCGUCGCCGGCGUGCUCCUCGACGGCGUGCGGCGCCUCCGCGAGUCGUUGGCGGCGCUCGACGCCGCCGACGCGCCCGUGCUCGCGCUCGACGCGUCCUCGGAACCCGGCGCGCGCGGCGCGACGCGCGUCGCGGCGACGGCGGCCGUCGACGGCCGCUACGCGGCGGGCCUCGCGGGCAUCGGCGCGUCGGUCUGCGUCGGCGCCGACGACCCGCGCGACGGCUUCGCCGGCGCCGCGACCUGCCGCGCCGUCGCCGAGCAGGUCGCCUUCGACGCGACGUUCGACCGCGCGAGUCCCGGCGUGCACACGCUCUACGCGUGGAUCGCGGCGCCGGACCUCGACGCGGCCGAGCCCUGCGCGGCAACGCUGCGACGCGCGCGGGCCGAGGCCUUCUGGUACGCGACGGACCCGGCGACGGGCGCCUACUGGCCCGGGGCGCGAGUCUACGAGAGCUUCCGGACGGCGAUCGGCUACCCGGCGCGCGUCGCCGUCGGCCGGGGCACCUACGGCGCCGAGGCGCUGGAGAUCUUCGCCUACGGCGGGCCCGAGGCGCUGGCCGUGGGCAACUUCACGAGCGUCGGGCCCAACGCGCGCGUCUCUGUGUGGAAUUCAACCACUGGUUUGGGUGGUCCUGACCAAACUUGA